CCUCCCUCUCCCCUCUCCUCCCCGCUUGCUUGGUGAAUAAUAAUUAGCAACCUUGGCAAUCCUGCAUGGUCACUUUCGCAAUCUUCUCCCGGCCUUUCUCUGCAGGCUGGGAUCGCUUCUCAUAUUCUCCUUGCAUGACGCUCUAGAUACCAUCUUUGGUCUCUGAGCCGCGCCUCGGUCGUUCCACACUACGUACGCUAUGAAUUUGUCUCUCAUUGAUCCCUUUGUCCUCGCCCAGGACUAUCCAGACACGUUAUCGGAAAAACUUAGAAGCGGCCAUGCUACGUGUCUGCGAUUUAACCGCAAGGGAGAUUAUUUGGCAUCCGGUCGGGUGGACGGUACGGUGGUGAUUUUUGACGUGGAAACCAAUGGGGUAGCACGCAAGCUACGCGGUCAUACCAGACAGAUCCAAUCGCUGAGUUGGUCGAGAGACGGUAGAUAUCUUUUAAGCUCCUCUCAGGACUGGAAAUGUAUCUUGUGGGAUCUGAAAGAUGGUUCCCGAGUUCGCACCGUUCGCUUCGAGGCGCCUGUAUAUAUCGCCGAACUUCAUCCUUAUAACCAUUUGCUCUUUGUCGCCUCUCUGUUCGAGGAUCAGCCCGUUCUUGUCGAUGUCUCCUCCUCCAAACCUGUCAAGCGCAUUCUCCCUUCUGCGCCUUUCCGUCCACCUCCCGCUAAAGGCGAGGAGCUCGACGCCGCGGCUGCUGCUAAACAAGCUGCACAAGAUGCGAAGCACUCGACCUGUGUGACCAUCUUCACCGCCCUAGGAAACCAUAUAAUAGCAGGCACGUCGAAGGGCUGGAUCAACAUCAUAGAGACCCAGACGUGCACCACUAUCCAUUCUACUCGUCUGUGCAAUGGAGUAGUGAUUCUACUUCGUCUAGCAAGUAAUGGCAGGGACCUGUUGGUGAACAGCUCCGAUCGCGUCAUACGCACGAUUCUCAUGCCGGACCUCUCGCAGCUCGGUAUUGAUUUAGAGCCCAGCAACAUCAAGCUCCAGGUGGAACAUAAGUUUCAGGAUGUAGUCAAUCGACUGAGCUGGAACCACGUCACUUUCUCCUCGACUGGUGAAUUUGUGACGGCAUCCACAUUCAUGAACCCCGACAUCUACGUAUGGGAACGGAGUCACGGGUCUUUGGUCAAGAUCCUGGAGGGUCCCCGGGAGGAGCUGGGGGUGGUGGAGUGGCAUCCUGGUCGCCCGAUGGUUGUAGCUUGUGGUCUGGAAUCCGGUUGCAUCUAUACUUGGUCAAUAGUGACUCCCCAGAAAUGGUCAGCGCUGGCGCCUGAUUUUGGUGAGGUCGAAGAGAAUGUGGAAUACGUCGAACGCGAAGACGAGUUCGACAUUCACCCAGCAGAAGAAAUCCACCAACGUCGUCUCGAUCAGGAAGACGAAGUUCCCGAUGUGCUCACCAUUGAGCCUAUUAAAACCGGCACUGACGAGGAGGAAAUCACAUCGUUCCGGAUGCCUGUCCUGCUCGACAUCUCCGAUAGCGAAAGCGAAGAAGAGAUCGUAGCUGUCGGCCCAGGCACAAUGAGGCGACGCAGUCCGGGUGCAGGUCGAGAAUGGAUGAACGCGAAUAGUGAGGGAGAGAAGGAAAGCACUGCAAGCGGUAAAAAUGGUACUGCACGAGGUCAAAAAGGCCGGCGGCGCUGACCAUCCCACCUUGCGCUCCUAUUCCCUUGUGUCGCAUACCAUGCCAUGGAUUCGUAGGUCAC